UGAUGACGUAAUUGCAAAAGAAAUCGUUCAUGAGCUUAAGCUUCAACGUGAUAUACAAUUUCAUAAUAAUAUUAUUAAGUUCUAUGGAGUUGCACAAUUUGAACCAGAAUAUCAAAAUGUUCAAUCGAAAAAUUAUUUGUUAGUAAUGGAGUAUGCUGAUUCUGGUACUAUCAAAAAUUAUUUAAAGGAAAACUUUAAUAAUCUUACUUGGAGCAAUAAAUGCAACUUGGCGUACCAAUUAGCUAGUGCUGUGGCGUGUUUACAUAAUGAAGGAAUAGUGCAUCGUGAUUUGCACUCCGGAAAUGUGUUAGUCCAUCAAAACAUUAUCAAACUGUCCGACUUCGGAUUGUCGAAAAGAAUCGAAUCAUCAUCCAACACAAAAACUAAAUUUUUUGGAUGUGUUCCUUACGUCGAUCCAAAAAGAUUUAGUGGACGAAAUAAAAAUAAAAAAUUAAAUGAAAAAAGUGACAUUUAUAGUGUGGGCGUAUUAUUUUGGGAAUUAUCUAGUGGUCAGCCACCUUUUGCUACUGAAGAGUACGAUAUUGAUUUAGCUUUAGAAAUUUCACAAGGUCGUAGAGAAGAGCCCAUUCUUAAUACGCCUGAAAAUUAUAUUAAAAUUUAUACCGAAUGUUGGGAUAAUGAACCAGACAAUCGUCCAACUAUGAAUCAAGUAUUAGAACACAUCAACAGAUGAACAAAAUUUUAAUUCAAUCAAUAUUGAUACUUCAAAUAUUAAUAAUUC